UCUAGUCGGCCACCUGGCCCCAUUAUUUUCUUCCCCUGUUAAAAGAUCUUCCUUUUGGGUUGAGUUCCUCCCCUGUUCUUCUUCGAUCUGAGAGAUCCCCCUAAAAGCAAAUGAAACCCGUUUGAGCCCGCACUCUUUCUUUGAUUUCUCGCCAGCAAAGACCCGACAGAUAGAAGGGAAUCAGGGAAGCAGCAGGGUGCAAAAUGGCUGGGAUGCUUCCUGGAGUUGAAGUUGCCCGGAGGAGGAGACUCCACCAGAGCGGAGGGGCUUGGUCAGAUCCGCCCCCCACCGCGGCUUAUGGCUCGGUCAGGCGGUGUUCUCUGCCUCUGUACUCGAGAAACCAUGAGCCUCAUCAUCGCUGCUCAAGCUCCUAUUUCCAGAGGGGCAUGAUGAACCGGGGCUGCGAAGAUGAGAAGCUUGGAGGAGCGGCAAGAGAGGCCAAGGAGAGGCUCGACGAGAAGCUCAGGACACAGGGGAUAAAAUCAGAGUGCAGAAGGACAAACGGGGACGGUAGAAGGACCGGAGCACGAGAGGGAGAUUCUCAGUUGAGGAGAGAGGUGGUCUCUGGGAACGGGCCGAAGAAGGGCGGGUCGAAGAGGUUCAGCUGGGGCAAGCUGAGCUGGAAGGCCGCGGACCAGGAGGAUUGCGCCGUCUGCUUGGACACGUUCCGGGCAGGGGAGACCCUGAUUCACCUGCCGUGCGCUCACCGGUUCCACUCCAGGUGCUUGGUCCCGUGGCUUGAUAGCCACUCUCAUUGCCCUUGCUGCAGAAUGGCCGUCUCCUCUUCGCGACACCCUUUGAGCGAGGGUCGUGAAAGCGAUGACGGGUGUGUUCUUACUUUUGCUGGAUAGAAUUGCUGCGUGUAAUCAUCGGUGAACUCGUGAUGGAUUCGUUUGCAGAGUGGAACAAAGCUGAGAUGAUGCUGUGAAUAUUUCGCAAGAGUAGAAUAGAAUUGCUGUGUGAUACU